CCUUAUUAUGCUAACACCCCGACCCACCUUAGCUACAACUCUUCCCUGCACCGUCGAACCACCACCAAGCCUCCCCUGCAGCUCCUCCCCAAGCCUCUCCCCGCAGCAUCAGUCCCGGCCGCCCCCUAACCACCUCCUUCCCCGCAUUGCGUCCGGCCUCCACUCCUCCUUUCCUGGCCAGCCACCGGCCAACCGUGGCACCCCACUACUCGAUCCCGUCGCUCGUUGAUGAGGAGGGCCGGAUCCAGGCGCUGCGGACCCGCACGAUGCCCCGCCACAGGAAGCGCCUCCACCUACCUAUGCCGAGAGAGGCAGAUGCGACGGCUACCACGGGAGGGCUGGCCCCUGCGGCGGAUGCGAACUACCACGAAGAUGGAUCGGAGCAGCCCCGCCUCCCGGCGUCGAGAUCUGUGAGGCCCCGGCCACUACGCGCCGGCCCCGCCAUGAAUCAGGUGGUCGUUGUCACUGUUGCCUCAAGCCAGGGCACCGUCAUCGCUGCCGCAGAUGCGGAACCCAGUGAGGAGCCCGAAGCGCGAUGUCGUCUUGGCAUCUGCCGAGUCUGGUGGUCGCCUGAAUCCCGUGCGCAAUCAUCUGCUCCUCGGCGGCUGCUCUUCGACAGCCACACGAAGCUCCUCCUCUUCUCUGAAACCUUGCACGUGCAGCUCGCUGGCACACUGGCGCAUGGCGCGCAGUACGACACUCCUGUUGGUGCAGCCCGCUGGCUGCACCUACGCGCUACGACGACAAAGUCCCCAGGAUCAAGAUGCCGGGGAGCAUCGCGUGCAGCUCGUUUUUGCUCAUCGUGUAGCUCGUCGCGGCCCAGGUUGCAGCUCGGCUUGCUGCGGCCUGCAGUCUGCUUGAGUGGGAGCAUAGUUCGUCACUCGAUGGGUGCAAGAGUCUGCCGGCCAGCCGAGCUUGCCUUUCUUAUGUCUUUUUUCUUCAGUUUGGAUGGUUGUAUGUCUCAGUUUGCUCCGCGCAUCAUGCAUUUCAGCACCACUUUCGGCAUCUCGUCCCAUUUUGCAGUCUGGUGCCACGCGUUCAAUUCAACAGCGAAAAACAACAUGCAGUUGGCCGACCCGUGCAGUUUUGGUGUAUUUUUAUGCCUUAACCGUGCAGCUAGACCGGGUUCUCCCAACGGAGUUCAGAGGUUUGGGGUAUUCAGUGUACUCCCAAUCACCCAUGUAGUACAUUUUUACUGUUAAGUUUUGCUUUGUUCUGCCUAUGUGAAGAUGUAUUUUGCUCUCCUGGGCACUGCAGCACCCGAACGAGUGCACCGCAUGAAGAUCCUAGGCGAACAGCUCUCCUGGGUGUCCUCUAGAAGCAGCUGGUAGCCAUGUCCCUCUGAAUGAGGAGUAGUUGUUGCCAUCACUGCCGUGCGUCGUGUGUUGAGGUAGCUGAAUACAAACCGGCUGCUUGACAUUGAGGAAAGCC